AUGCAGACACGUUCGCAGUCGAAUACAAGAACUGUUUUAGCUACAUCACUUUAUGCAACCUGUAGAGUUAAGGAAGCAAAUAUGUCGGGCGUUCUGGGAGUGCUAUUUCUCCUCCUUGCAGCAACUGCUGCUCUGAAAACCGUCUUAGAUGAAAAACAAGACCAAAAAGAUGCAGCCGAACCUAUGGAAUUCAUCAGCAUUCCUGCAGCUUUACAGGACAUAAGCAAAGAUGAUAUCGACGAACUUUAUUCUCAACGUGCAGAUAUAAACGGUAAGAAAGCUAAAGAGAUUAGAGAGCAUCUGAGAUGUUUUGGGUGAAAAUUAUCUUUUUUUCUUGCCGUGCAGAAAGCUUUCCUUAAAAUCAACGGAGAAGAUUUAUAGAAUGAACUUUCCGGGGUAGGGGCGGGGGGGACCUCCUACAAUGGCCUGCAAGGGAGGCUCCGCCCAGGGUUUAGGCAUAAAAAAGGGUAGAUACUUCAAGGGUAAGGGGUUACAUUAGGGACGGAGCCUCCCUGUCAAAACUUUUUUUAUUUUCCCUCUCCCCCCGGGAUGCGCAUUUGAGUGUUAUUCCCCCGGUUAUUCCAUGGUGGCAGACACAUGAUCAAUCCUCGCGUAGGACGUGGUAAAGACAAAGAUGACGACGAUGAACGGAUACUGAGGAUUAAAAUAUAUGUGACAGCGGACAAGCGUCAGGCAAGGACCUUUUCUAGUGAAUGCAUCAUUCAAGAGGACUGAACAGGGCCCCCAAGGUCUUGAACCUGUUUUGCCAUCAGGGAGGCAAAAUAUCGGCUAUUAUUCCAAACUACGUUACUGGCUUCCGGACUGGAUUGCAGUCUUAGGAAUUGCAUUUUGACGAGGCUUUAAUAAUCAUUCCUGGAAACUUGUUAUAUAUGACGGACAGGACAACAUAAAACGUUUUUAAACAUUAUUUACGUGUCAGGAUAUUUAGCUUACAAGCUUAUUUCUUUUCUUUUUGACUCAUUUGCAGAUGCUGCAAGCGUGGAGAACGAGAUGAACGAAGCCUUUAAAGAAAACAGUAAAGAUAUCGAAUUUGACGAGAGGGGCGAAACUUCUAACGAAGACAAAUUAGGAGACAUAGAAGGCGAAACGGAAGACGCUUCAAACGAAGAAAGUAAAGUUGACAUAGCCCGGGGCAUAGAAAAGACCUCUUUUGAAGACAGUGAAGUUAUGGCAGAAGAGAUGGACGGAAAGUUUGACGAAGAAGGCAGAUACAUCACGAAUGAUAGAAAGGACGAAAGUUUUAACGAAGACAACGAAGGUAGCGCAGAGUAUAAGAUGGACGAAAGUUUUGAAGAAGAUAAGAUACUUGAAGAAGAUAUCGAAUAUGUCACAAAUGAUAGCAUGGACGAAACUAUUAACGAACAUAGACAUGGCCCCAUAGACGAAGAUCUCGAAGAUGGGUACGCGCUAGGUAAUGUACUGAGUUUUUUAACGUCAUAAAAAAAGAGUAUGAGAAUAGUUUUAACUACCCCUUAGACUGCAAAACAGUCCGUAUUUUUGCUUAUUCAAGUACGCGCGAGCAGUCAACCAAAAGGUGUGGAACGAGGCUGAAAACAGAGAGCGAGCCACACACCCUACGGGCGUGUGAGGCUCAAGCAGUUCGCGCGCAUAAGACUCUUACGCCACGCGUUACCGAUUUCUUUACUGAUUUUGAGGAAAAAACCGACUGUUUUGCAGUCUAGCUACCCCUCAUUGCUUCUAGGGUAUCAAUUUGGCCUCGGUAAAUCACGAUCAGCUUCUCAAGACUAAACGUUUCACAAGAACUGAAAAAUUUAGAUCGAAGCGCGGGUUUUGAGACUGACAUGUAACUAAAUUGCAAUUCAAUAAUUUCUAAAGGGGUCACAAAACUCGUUUCUAAGUUAUAAGUAACAUAAGAUAAAUAAGUUAAAUUAAGAGUGCUUUGACAGACUAUACCGUGGCUAUGGUAAAUGUUCAACAACAAAAGUCAUUGGACGUAUUUUGGUACAAUGCAUUACAGUGUCUCCGAUCAUAAUUAUCCUUUUUACAUCAUCAAUAUCAUGCACUCGUUCUGACAAUUUUCCACAUUGUUUUAACUUUGAUUAGAAUUUACCGUGGAGGAAGACGAAAAUUUCCCUUACAGAUUUGAGAAUCAAAAAGACCCAGUAAGCCAUUGUGGUUUUGGGAUCUACUACAACUCUUCUCACCAAGGGUGUUGUGGUACCAAGCAUCGAUACAACUUACGAACUCAGCAAUGUUGCAAUGGAACCGUAGUUAGCCUUUUCUACCUAAAGUGCUGCAAUGACGGGAGCGUUGCCUCGAGGAAUUCUUCAUGUAGCCUGCCAACCAAGUGCGGGAUUGUAAGAUACAACAUCUCAGAUCAAGGGUGCUGUACUGGGAGAUCUCGCAAUUAUGUGUAUGACCUAACCACCCAAAAGUGCUGUUAUGGUCGUGUCUACCCUACUAGUAUUCCAUGUCUACCAAUAUGUGGUUACGGGUUCUAUAACGCAUCGUAUCAGGGGUGUUGUGAUCGCAGAUAUGUGUAUUACCUGAGUAACGAGAAAUGCUGUUAUGGUCUUGUAAUUCCCAAAAACGAGUCCUGUGUGCCUUCCUAUAAAUGUGGUAAUAUCAGGAACUACGAUCCAACGAUCUACGGAUGUUGCGGCGGCGACUACUUGUACUUUUUGAAGUAUAGGAAAUGCUGUUAUGGUCAUGUAAUUUCCAAAAACGACUCUUGUCUACCCUCCCGCGGAUGUGGUUACUCAAGUUACAACCCCGCGACCCAUGGUUGCUGCCAAGGAAAAUUGCCGUACUCUUUGAAAUAUCAGAAGUGCUGUUAUAGUCGUGUUAUUUCCAAGAACGCUCCUUGUAUCCCAAGGUGCGGUCACAAGAACUACAAUGCAUCGUUCCAAGGGUGUUGUGCUGGCAAAUACAUCUACUACCUGAAUACUCAUAAGUGCUGUUAUGGUCUUGUGAUUCCUCAAAAUGAUUCCUGUGUGCCUUUCCCUAAAUGUGGCUACUUAAGCUACAAUCCAGCGACGCAUGGAUGCUGCAAUGGAAGAUAUCGGUUCUCCUUAAAGUAUUAUCAGUGCUGCUAUGGUCGUCUCAUUCCAAACAACGCCUAUUGCGUACCGUACCGCAAAUGCGGCUUCGUAAGCUACAACCCAACCAUCUACAGAUGUUGCGGAGGCCAAUACCUGUACUUUCUGAGGUACAGCAGGUGUUGUUAUGGUCAUGUUAUUCCCAGAAGCCACUCUUGUGUACCUUUCCGCAAAUGCGGUGAUUCAAGUUACAACCCCAAAACCCAUGGGUGUUGCAAAGGUGGUUUCGUGUACUCUUUGAAAUAUCAAAAGUGUUGUUAUGGUCGUGUAAUCCCAAAAUCGUACGCAUGCACGAGUUACAUCUGUGGACUGUACCCCUACAACCCACGAACAGAAGGUUGCUGUAGUGGCAGGCAAAGGUACAAAAAAAGGAUCAAGAGGUGCUGUGAUGGUCGCGUGAUCUUCAAGAAAUCCACAUGCCUACCCAAAUGUGGUAAAGUCAGCUAUAAUCCACGAAUACAAGGUUGCUGUAAUGGCAAGUACAAGUACAGCAAAACGUUCCAGAAGUGCUGUAAUGGUCGUGUGAUCUUCAGGAUAUCCACAUGCUUACCCAAAUGUGGUAAAGGCACCUACGAUCCACGAAAACAAGGUUGCUGUAAUGGCAAGUACAAGUACAGCAAAAGGUUUAAGAAGUGUUGUUACGGUCGUGUAAUCUCCAAGAAAUCCACUUGCCUAUUAUACCCAAAUGUGGCAAAGUCUCCUACAAUCCACGAAUACAAGGUUGCUGUAAUGGCAAGGAAAGAUACAACAAAAGGUUUAUAAAGUGCUAUUAUGGUCGCGUAAUUUCCAAGAAAUCCACUUGCUUAUCAAAAUGUCGCACGGUGACAAACACAAGGUUGCUGCUGUGGCAAUUCCAGGUUCAACAGAGGUUUGUGACUGACAAAACACGCUCUUGCUUGAACCGUGGAUACAAUUUGGCCAUGCUUUUCUCAUAUUUCAAUUAGCUUAGGUUUCAUAGUGGUUUAUAAGAACUUUUAAAAUACGACUUAUAUCACGUGACACUAAGUUGUAUGAAAAUUACCAAAGAACCUUUUCACAACAGACGUUUUCAACAAAGCGAAUGAUGCUCACUGAACUGAGUUACUCGCCUUACUUGCACCUUUCGUGCUUGUUAUCCCUUAACUUAUCUCUAGCUCUGUAACCCUUAAAACAGAUACAUGUAACCAUCAUCCCUAGAAAUUCCAAUUAAGGCAGGGAACGCGCAGGGAGAGGUGCUGGGGGCGGACAUUGCUCUCCCCGCGCCCUUUUAAUUUUGUGCGAAAUAAAAACAUCUUUGCCAAAAAUAUAAAGUUACAGCAUUUAUGGUAGAGAAUAAAGAGACUGUAUAUGUAGCUGAAAAUAUGCAAUAAUUAUCGCGCUUGUUACGGCAGAGGCCAGCGGCGAUUUCAUAAAGACUCUUUACAGCUAACAAAGAAAGAACUAAAAGGAUAAGUACACAGGAAGUUUUAAAUCAUUUUAUUUUUCUUUUGUUAGUCCUUUAUCAGUUUCCCUUGUUCAAGGUUUUACCCUGUUUCCCUGUUCCUCUAUUCCCUUGUUCUCCUGUUCAAAUUAUUUUGUAUUGCAGCAAAUUCGCGUAAAAUAAAGUUAGGCGCACAUUGUUUACAAAAAUUUCGCGUUAAUUUGAUGUAUGUAAACCUAAUUUUUGGAAAAUUCGCGUUAAGUUUGUCUUCGU